AUUUUCAUCAGGCAGCUGUAUUUUUCAAAGUUUUCACAAGUGUAUUUGUUAUUAAGAACAAUCAACAGCUAGUUACUAGCUUUUCAUAGUAGUUAUUUAACCUCAAAGAAUGCGCUCUUUCUAUCUACUUUUGUUUAUUCCGACGAUUCUGGGCACAACUAACAGCCCAGCCUAUGAACUGGAGAAGGUUGUUCCGCUGCUAACCGGCCAGACAAAUUCCACAGACACCCCGCUUACGAACAGCAUAAGUGCUGUACUAGAGACAUUACUUACUCGUAUUCGGUGUGUCCAAGAAGGCCUAACUCCUUUGGCAUGUGUCAAGUGUCUCACGCCUUCAAAAAUGAUCAGAAUCUUAGCAGCCAACCAGUCAUCGGCUGUUACUACAAGUAGUGAUCUUAAACGCCUUAGCGUUGUAUUCAUAAACCACGUGUUGACAUUUCGGUCCGUGUGCACAACAAUAAAAAGAACCAAUGACGAAGAGUGCAAGAACACAGGAGCUUGUGCGACUAAGGUGUUGCAUCGUCUUGUGGCAAAGGAAAGUUCACACAGGUUCGUAGGUAUUGCAGAGAGGAAAAUAACGCUUUUAGGAAUACAAGAUGUGCUCGGAGAAAUCAAAGCGGUAUACGAACCAAGACAACGGAAAACUUGCUUUAGCGCGGAAACCUUGCUGGAAGAAAUUGGUACUCCAAAUAGCAUUGAGGAAGGACUGGAUGUAAAUAGGCUGGAAGACCUUUCCGGAGUUUUAAUAAAACACAUGAUUGAAGGUGACUGUAUUGAUGUUGGUGAAUCUGUGAAUGACUUCCUUGAUGAUAUUUUCCAACGUUAUGGUGAUACUAGUCUACGGUUAAUACACGAGAAAGGAUUAGACAAACUCCUAAGUGAUUUAAAGAUCGGCAGCGAGCAUGAUCACCAUGGCAACCUGAAAAAUCAUCACAGCGAAACCUUUAAUAAUUCUAAUUACGACAAUGAUCAUGAUCACACUGAGUACAACCAUGAUAAUCUGAUAAUUGAUCAAGCACCCACCAGUACAAACAGACCAAGAACAACGCAGGAAAUUACAACUGUACUGACCAAUAUCUCCGACUCAAACCAAAUUAGUCAAUCAGCUCAAGAAAUACCUAACCACACUUUUUCAUCAACAUCUACUCACAAUAUGUCCAGUUUUAACGUAGAAGACCUAGAAAAAAUUCCAACCUUUUUUCUUGAUUCUUCAGUCAACGGAUCAGCCGAUAGCAGUAAACAGCUGGUUCAAAGGUCAAGAAGGACUGUUAACCACGACGACCACGAUCAUGAUAUCCAAGUGAAGCAGUGCUGGAGCUCUCGUGCUCUGAUGGAGAAGUUUGCCUUGAGAAACAAAGGUCAGAUCUCUCGAUCUGAAUUCUUAAAUCUCUGUCCUGCUUUAAUUCAACAAAUAGUCAGUGACAUUUGUUUAAAGAAGAAGCCUAUAUCCUCCAGAUCAUCUAAUGCUGAAA